AUGGCAAUAGAAGCUUCUGGACGAUUCUCUAAAGUUCAGUACUUCUGCCCGAAAAUCAUCAUGAUUGAUGUCAUCAAACGUUUUUUACAAUUUGCGGGUGAAAAAGAAAAAAUAUAUUUCCAAAAUCAUCACGAUAAAUCGAGCAUCAACCAAUUUAACAUUAGUUCGAUGAAUAAUCAGAUCAUAAAAGAGCAGCAGCAGCCUACAUUAGAAGUUGACGAUAAACAACCGCAAAGUGUAUUUUCAGAGAAGCAAAUAGGUGAAGCUCUAAGCAUGCAUAAGAUAAUGGGAAAAAAUAAGAAAAAAGAGUAUCGAAUUAUUAAAACCGAAUCUCCAGGAAAAUGUAAAAAAUUCAGUGACAAUUACGGGAAUACCAGACGAUUAUACUCAGAUGACCUUGGAAGAGUUGAAGGUUGGCGGAAAUAUCAUGAUAAAACAGCUUCAGACUCUAUGGGAGAAAUUAAUACAGGAAACUUGGAUACAUCUAACUCUGUUAGUCGUCGAUCUAAUAUCUUAUCUGAACGACAGAAAAAACAGUCAGCUGAUCCCAUUAUUAAAUCUGUUGUCGCAUAUCACGAUGAGAAGAACGACGAGGCUCUUUCUGAAUUCAGUAGUGAAGGUGAUGACUUGCCGCUUCUAGAUCUUAUUGAUUCUUUCGACAUCAUGAGCGGUGAAUAUCCAUUAGAAGAGGACAUAGCCAAACAAAUCAACGAUUGUUCGAACAAACGAUUAUGGUUGAGCAUACUAGAAUAUCAAGAUAUUAACUUCGACCAAACUUUGAGAUCUCAAUAA